AUGGGAUGUUCUGGCUCGAGUGGCAAGCAGAAAGUUGAGGUGCCGGCAGAGCGCCGUCGACUCUCAGUCGGUAUUGUCGAGAAUGAGGAGGCUGCAGACGAGAUCGACAUCAGAGAAGAGGACCGGGGUCUGCUCUCCGCCUUGGACAACGAGACGGUGCUCCAGUUGCUGGAAGGAAAAAAUAUCAAAGCCGGCCGCAGGAUGAGCAUAGGCACUGCCUUAGACGCUGGGAAGGAGGCUUUUGCAAACAAGGCCAUCCAGCAACUGGGGGAUGCCAUUGAACCGGUGCGAGUCCCGAGAAAGACCUCUUGUGAGAGUCUGGCAGCUCCAGUUUUGCUUCGCUGCACCGAGGCGAUCCUGCUCAACCUCCUAGACAACAUCCCAAAGCCCAAGAGCCCAAAAGCCCAAAAGCCCGAACCGCUCAACGUCGCGGGCGGACCGGAGCCAUGGUUUCAUGGCUCAGCCGGAGCCUCCGGAGCCGCCGGAGCCCUCGUCUCCAAGGCUUCUCAGGGUCCCUGCGAGCAGUUCCAAGCGACGCUUCUGCAGCUUGGCUGCACGGAGCUCCCCGCUGCUUCCGUUGGAUGCAUCGAUCUUCGGGCAGAAGGCAACUACGGCGGAUAUGUGGGCGAGGAGUCCUUCAAGAAGAAGCGGUGCUACUUCUUCGACAGGGGCGGCUGCAUCUACGGCGACUCAUGCAACUUCAAGCAUAGCUCGCAAAGCGAGGCCAAGGCUGAUUGCUGCAGCGCUGCAGCAGGUGAUGCCGGAUACCACAAGAAAAAUCUGUGCUCCCUCUUCAUGUUGCCAGGCCUUGAGUGUCCGUUCACGAGUUCCUUCUGCUGGAAUGCACACGGCCCAUCUGAGCUGCGACGACGACCACUCUGUCUGCCGCCAUUGGACGGCAUCAAACAGGGGACACGGCUUCGCUGCAUCAGCUCCGGUCUCAGCGCGGCAGACGCUUCCGAGGUGUGGCGGUCCCCCUCCGAAUGGGUGAUCAUUGGCCAUGUCAAGGUGCAGGAUCUGGUUCUUGCGGAUGGCGCGCCUGCGCUUGUGGAUGGCUACAUGAUGGUGCCCAUACAGCCUGCAGGUGCCGUGGAGCUUCGGUACUUUAGCAGCGAGCCUGACGAGAAGGGCACGGCUCGAGACCUUCCAAUCACCGACGCACAUAUCCAUUUGGAUGAGGUGCUGCGGACGAGGAGAUUCGGCUUCGGAUGGUAUGCGAAAGCAUUGCGAUGCAGUUUCCUCCCGAACUGCACGCAGAUGCGCUGCCUCUUCGCACAUGAGAAUGAGAAACUUCGCUCCUUUCCUGCGCUGCGUGCUGGAGACCUCGCAUCUCUCAGAGACGAAGUCACGAAGCUGCCAGGUGCCAGAAUCGUCGGCAUCGUUCAAAGUUGCUGCGGCGCAGAGGUCAUUGAGGACACGCUGCAGCUUGUCAAGUGGGGCCGAGAGAUGAUGGACGGACGGAUCUAUGCGACUUUCGGCAUCCAUCCGAAUGACUUCGAAGCCUACACAUCCCAGGUGCAGGCACGGCUCGAGGCGGCGCUUGACACGUGCGGUGCGCAGGGCGUCGGCUGGGGCGAGUGUGGGCUGGACUUCAACAAGAGGGCUGAUGAGUUGGAGGCGGCACCAGAGCUGCGUCAGAAGAUGCGGCAGGUGUUCAUCGAUCAGAUACACGUUGCCCUGAAGCGUGGGAUUCCCCUGGUGGUUCAUUCUAGGGAUGCAGAGGAGGAAGUGUUUCAUAUCCUGGAUGCAUACGUGCCCCGUGAGCAUUACGUUCAGCUGCAUUCCUUCAUGGGAUCCGCGUCCAUGCUUCUAUCCUUCCUUGCAGAGCGCCCCAACACAUAUGUCAGCGUGCCUGGCGCCUUGACUUGGGCUUGGUCCUGGAAGGAUGGAGGCCUUCGCGAACUGGCCAAAGUACUGCCGGUUGACCGCCUGCUCUUGGAGACCGACGGGCCGUACAUGGCGCCUGCUCCCUACCGUGGCCAAGACUCGCACCCGGGUCACGUCCCGUGGGUUGCCCAUACCUUGGCAGUGGCGAAGGGGCUGAGGACGCUGGAAGUGCUCGAGGUGGCCAGCAGCCGCAAAGGUCUGAAGCCAGAGAGUCCAAAUCAGGACUCGUGGUUCUGCCUGAAGGUGGAGCAAUACUUCUCCUUGUAUGCUGUCUUUGAUGGCCACGGGUCUAAAGGACACAAGGUUUCGCAGUUUGUCAAAGACAACCUGCCAAAGCUGAUUCUGAUGGACGAGCGUUUUGGAAAGGGCUCAGCUGAAUUGCCAGAUAUGCUAAAGGAGAACUUCCAGAAGACUCAAGACCUCAUUAUCGCCUCCGACAAGAUGGGCAAGCUGAAUGCCUCCCUGUCGGGCACCACGGCCACUCUAGUUGUGCACGAUCACGAAAGCAAAGAGAUUACCGUCGCCCAUGUCGCUGACAGCUCCUCCGUGCUGGGUCGGAGAAAGGGAACCGCGGACUUCGAGGCAGAGCAGCUCACCCGGGAUCACAAGCCCAACCUCAAGGACGAAAAGGCUCGCAUUGAGAAGGCAGGUGGCAUGGUAGUGUUCGACGGCUACGCCAAUCACCGGAUCUAUGCCAGGAAUGCUCGCCACCCGGGGCUGAACAUGUCUCGCUGCCUUGGCGAUCUUCUCGGUCACCAGACCUGCGGCAUCUCGGCCGUCCCCGAGGCCAGGGCUCUGAGCUGCUUCAGUGCUGUAAUUUUGGUGUAUGAAUGCAAGAGAUACCAGCGGACAUCGUUCCUCCUGCUUGUGUGCUGCAUUCUUCACAUCGCGGUUCGCAAUGCGCAGGCUCAGAAAUAUCAAAUGUGA